UCAUUGCGUAAUGCUACCAUGGUAAUCGGAGUUCUGAUUUCCCUCAAAUUCUAUCCAAACUCUGAUUGGAACCAGAACGCCGGUUACCAUGGUAACAUUACGCUAUGAUAUAUUAGGGAGCACAAAGUUUAGCAAGUCUUGAAACUAAUGAGCUACGAUUAUUAAUUAGCAGUUUGAACGUGUCAAGUUCAAGCAAACAGAGUUUCUGCAGAGGGUUACUGUCAAUGACUGCAAUACAAGGUCCAUUCCUGUUCAGGGACCAAACGUGCUGUCAUCUAGCUAUCACCCCAGAUAGCAUCAGCAGCUUGAGAAGGCUCCUGCACACCCGAGGCCCCUCUGUCUCCAAGAGAAGGCAACAAGGUUGAGUGGAGCACACUGGUUUCAUCAGCACAUGGAGAUAACACGGCCUCUUCAUAAUUGUAACAGCAAAUCAGGGAUAUCUUCAGAAAAGUUUAACAAUGUUUCAUUGAUGAAAGAAACAAAUGGAUCAGAGACGCGUAGAGCAUCCUACAGGCAUUCAGCGACGGCGUUCGACUCUGCCUGCUCCCCAAGACGCAGUGACUCAGGAGACCGAGCUCUCGUGACAAACUAUAAAUCUGGGAUAAUAGUCGAUUUGGAGAAUGCGGUGGACAGACGGAAAAACGCUCUGGUGUCACUGGAGGAGGACAACCUGAGCCUCAACAAGAAGAUAAGAGAAAACAAGGCGGAAGACCGCCCAUCUUUGGCCAAUCACAAUGUCUUAAGCUCAACAAGUGGCAACAAUUCACAGGAAUGCCCAUCUUUGACCAAUCACAAUGUCUUAGGCUCAACAAGUGGCAACAAUUCACAGGAAAUGGCUGGUGAUCCCAGUCCCAUCUCCAAACUCAAUACCCACCUUGUCACGUUCAACAUUGCCAAAACAUACCCAGGAAGUCAGAGGCAAGAUACACCAUCCAAGAUAGAGGAGACUAGGAUGAGAGAGUUGCUCAAAAUGGAGAGCCUAUCCUUGGAGGACAAGUGCGCUUACUUGGAGAAGGAGAAACAGGACUUGCGGAGGAAGCUGCGGAAGACUGAGGACUACUGCAAGGAGUGUGUCCGCGAGCUCAAGAGGAUCCUUCCAAAGUAUGAGGACCUCAAAGCCUUGCAUAAAACCCUGGAUAAGUGCAACAAGCAGCAGGCCGCUGAGAACCGCAGACUCGUCAACGCUCUUGAGGCCGAGAGCCAGGCAGGGGAGAGAUCCAGGGAUCCCAGCUUGGCUCGGGAGCCCAAAGAAGGGGAUGGUGACAACCGGGUGUGGGUUCAACUGGAGAGGGCCAAUGAUCGCUGCACCCAGCUAACCCAGGAGAAGUGGCAACUGGAGGACCGAAUGGCCUCGCUGGCAAGGGAGGUCAGCCGCCUCACGAACGAGCUGGAUAUCUGCUGGGCCGAACUCCAUCGGCUGGGGGCCAGGAGGCAAAGCUCCCUUGAGGGGAGCACGACUAGGGAUGGCAGCCCUCUGGCCUCGUCGGGCAACAAACACCCAGCCGAACGCAUCCUGGACAGCGUGGGGAAAGAGCGCAAGGCCAUGUCGGGCUCCGUGGCCCAUCUCAAAGAGGAGAACAAGACACUACGAGAGAACCUCAAGCAGAGUGUCAAGAGGGGUGAGGAGGCAGAGGGCGGAGCCAAGCAGCUGAGGGAAUUGCAGGCCAUAUUGGAAAGCUGCCUGCUCACGGUGCAGCAGGAGAAAGACCUGCUAACGCUGGAGGUGAGGCAGCUCCACCAAGAGUACAUUGAUCUCAGCAGUAGCAUCUCGCUGCAGCUGAGAGAGAGGAGCCCCAUCACCACUACUGGGAUAUUAGCAGGGUCACAUGAGGUGAUUGAUGGUGGAGCCAGGCAGCAAGAGAGUCCAAGGCAGCCUCUGAACAGCAGCCCUAUUACCAGAGAAAUGCUGGAUGGCCCUGUAGGCGGAGAGGCAAUUGACCAUAUAAGGAAGCGUUUCGAGGAGGAGCAGAGAGGCCAGAGGUACAAAAACAUCAUCAAUCAGAAUGAAUGAGGCUGUAGCUGGAUCAGUGGGCCAGGCAGACUGGAUGUUGACCUCCCGUACCACGUCCUGUGUGACAGAGGAGUCCGGAGGGGUCAAACAUACUGUAGCUUACCGUAGAGCUCUCUGCACCACUUCACCAACAAUAUGCCCGUCACAAAAUCAUGUACCAUAUGCACUGUAUAGAUUUGAAUUCCCUGAUUUUUAUAUUAUGCUUUUCAAAAUAUUUUGUCAGUGUUAUCAUUUCUGAUGUUUUUUACUUGAGAAUUCGAGCUACUGUAGAUAAAUGGCAUAUCAAGGCUAUUUGUGACUAGGGUUGGGACGAUGCCAGUAUUACCAUACUCGUUAGUAAUGUGGCAAGGAAACAUAACAUGAAGCGGAUUUAACUUCUUUAGGAAGUCAGCCCUGAUGUUGGAAACAAACCUCAUUAUGUUGUCAUCCAGAGUCACAUGGAUUGAUUUGCCAAGCUAUAGCACAUAAAAUGUUAUAUACAACAGGUUUUUAAAGGACCAAAGAGUUUGGUCUGCUUCAUGUUUUCAUUUCUGUCAUGGGGGAAAAAAUAUUGUGAUAGCGGUCUAAGGCAUCUCAGUGCAAGAGGCACUGGUUCGAAUCCAGGCUGAACAUUCGGCCGUGAUUGGGAGUCCCGUAGGGCGGUGCACAAUUGGCCCAGCGUCGUCCUGGUUUGGCCGGGGUAGGCCGUCAUUGUAAAUAAGAAUUUGUUCUUAACUGACUUGCCGAGUUAAAUAAAAAUAAUUUUAAAAAUAUAUCAUCCCGGCCCUAUUUGUUGCUGUUGUGCAGCACAUGCCCCAUGUAGUUUCAUUUGGAGAAGGUCAGGAUAUUUUUGGACAGUAGGGGGAGCUGUUGUA